AUGGAAAAUCUCAAAUCACAGCAAAUGAAGGAGAAAGGGAAGGAAUCUUUUACUUGUACAGAGUGUGGAAAAAGCUUUACACGAAAAUCAGGUGUCUUAUUGCACCAAAGAGUUCAUACAGGCGAGAAGCCUUUUAAAUGUAGGGAGUGCGGCAAAUGUUUUUCACGGGAGAAUGUGCUCACGGCUCAUAAAAGAGUCCACACUGGGGAGAAACCAUUCACAUGUACAGAGUGUGGAAAAUGCUUUAGCGAAAGGGGAGCUCAAAUAGAACACCAAAAGAUUCACACAGGAGAGAAACACUUCAAAUGUACUGAGUGUGGAAAAAGCUUUAGGCAGAAGGCAGGUGUUUUAAAGCACCAAAUGAUUCACACUGGAGAGAAGCCUUUCACUUGUACAGAAUGUGGUAAACGUUUUGCAAGGAAGAGUCACCUCAUAUCUCAUGAAAGGCUCCAUACAGGAGAGAAACCAUUUGCUUGUACUGAUUGCGAGAAACAAUUUAGAUACAAGUCAAAUCUACAAAAACACCAAAAGAUUCAUCAUACAGAAGAGAGAGAUUUCAAAUGUAGCGAGUGCGGGCAAGGUUUUGUAAGCAAGUAUAGUCUCAUAUCUCAUACAAAGAUCCACACAGGAGAGAAACCAUUUACAUGUACAGAAUGUGAUAAAAGCUUUAGAGAAAGGUCAUGUCUCUUAAGACACCAACGGAUUCAUACAGGGGAGAGCCCAUUUGCAUGUGAAGAGUGUGGAAAAUGCUUCAAAUUAAAGAGUCAUCUUGGAUAUCAUAAAAUCAUCCACACAAAGGAGAGGCCAUUCACUUGUACUGAAUGUGGGGACAGUUUUUCAUUUAAGACAGCUCUACGAAGACACAAAAAAAUUCACACAGGAGAGAAACCAUUUACGUGUACAGAAUGUGGGCUAAGCUUUAUAGACAAAUCAAAACUCCGACGGCACGAAAUGAUUCAUACAGGGGAAAAGGCUUUCACAUGUACAGAAUGUGGAAAAGGAUUUACAAAAAAGCCAGCUUUCCUAAAGCAUCAAAACACUCACAAGAGUGAGAAUCCUCUUACAGAUGCAUAA